AUGAAAAUCUAUUUUUUAUUCUUUAUCUCUUUUAUAGAUGCCUGUCUUAAAAUAAAUAACCUUCAGCCAACGACUACUCUGGCUCCAAAUACCUGUCGCUGUGAAGCCCUCCCUCUGAACAGCACAACCAUCCAUGCCUAUAUCCAACCGAGUAAUCCAUUCUAUCUCGUUCUCUCCACUGCUACAUUAUCCGCUCCAACUGUUUCAAUCGAUGAGUGCAGUGCAAUGAUGUGGUGUGAUGGAGACUAUAGUUUAGUUGUGUUCGAUGACACUUCCCUUGGAAAAAUAUUCGGCGCCUAUCCUGCAAACGGGUUCUGUGAUGCAGAGAGUCAGGAGUGGUUAGUGGAUACAAGGGAUGGAUUGGGGUUGACUAGGUUCAAUCAGUUAUAUGGAAUAUGCUUUAUUGCUCCGACUACUCCAAAUACCACAUCAUCUACAGUAACCACUCCUAGUACACCAAGCACCACAAGAUCGUCCACUACAGUAUCUUCUACAGUAACGACGCCAACUACUCCUUCCACAACAUCUCAAGCUACAACUACAACUACAGUAACCUCUACCACAUCAAUCUGUGACUGUGAGUACGUGGCACUUGAUAGAUUCACUAUCCGGAACUACAUCUCUUCGGAUAAUCUGUUCUACAACGACUUGACCUCGGAAACUGUUGUCCUUCCGACAGCGACUAAUGAGCGUUGCUUUGUGAGAAUGACAUGUCCAUCAGGUUACAGUAUACUAGUGUUUGACAGGACUAAUUUGGGGAAGUUGUUCCCAGGGGCAUCUGCUAGUGGAAAUUGUGAUUCUAUCAGCAAUAAAUGGAAGGUUUUUACUGGUCUGCAGACUACUUUCAAUCAAUUUUAUGGAAUCUGUAUUGUUGGCGAUUCUGAGAAUCACUCUACUACCGGAACCUCGUCUACCGUACCAACCACCACUACUUCAGUAUCAACGUCUACUACCGUACCAAUCACAUUCACUACGGUACCUGCUACUUCUAUCGUACCGUCGACUACUACCGUAACAAAUUCCACCACAACCGUACCACCGACGUUUACUACGGUACCUAUCACGUCAACUGUAGCAAGCACAACUACAGUACCAACCACUACUAUCAUGCCAAACACCACUAAGGUACCCUCUACUACAAUUCCAAACACAUCGACCGUACCACCGACAACUACCGUACCAAGGACCAGUACAGUACCAAGCACUUUUACUACCGUAAUAUCUAUGACUACCGUACCCACUACUUCGACCGUAGCAAGCACUACAACUAGUGAAGGAAACUCAACUACCGUACCCACCACCACAACUACGGUCCCAACCACCUCUGUUACAACUAUGGUGGCAACCUCUACUACAGUACCAAGCACUACAAUUACAGUACCAUCCACGACUACGGUACCAAGCACCACUACAACCGCAUCAACAACUACCACUGUGCCUACCACAACAACUAUAGUACCAACGACUACUGUGCUCUCCACAAGUACCGUACCCACCACCACUACAGUAUCAACCACGACUGACGCACAAACCACUACUACCGUACCAAUCACUUCUACCGUACCAACUACCAAAACUACCGUACCUCCUACAACUACAAAAGCACCCGCCACGACUACCAAAACUACCGUACCCACCACCACCAUCCCUACCUGCACCCCAUCCGCCCUUUCCACUUUGGUAUGCGCCUACUCCACCGACAUCCCCAAAGACAAGUUUGUCAUGGCGUGGCAAAUGUCGAAUUAUUUUCAAAAUGAAACUUUGCUCAGGCAACAUUUUGCAUCGUAUGCACAUGUUCGAUUCGAUCUGGCUAAGGAGGAUAGUAUAGUGUAUCAGACUAAAUGGGCUGCUAUGAACUCAUCUAUAAUGUCUCGUUUGCCAAAUUCUGAUCUAGGCUAUAAAGCCAAAAGUGCAGGGAGUGAUGUACUAAAAACUAUUGAGAGAGUCCUGGACAACCCAAAAACGUUGUGUCGAUCGAAAAUGAUAGUAUUUAUAAACCGGUACACAAAUGAGACGAAUAUCGAGAAGCUAGUUGUGAAGCUCCGCGAACGUCAUGUUCAUCUUGAUCUCUAUGUGAUUGAUACGCCGACUGGAGGUCUGUACACACAGCCGUUGUAUGAUCUGGCGUCAAGGACAAACGGAGUUUGUACUAUUAUUAAUGAUUUCGGAAGGAUUAUAAUUGUAACAUACACCAGACAGUUCUAUGCAGCUAACCCGAAAGUUUCUGGCAAAGGCACAAUGGAGCUGGCGAUACCAAAACUCCCUAAAAGUGACUACAUCCUGCAAAUUGCAGUUCAAGACCACCUUCCACUGGAUCAGUUCCGAAAUCUUACACUCACUUGGGGUAAUGCGAUGGUUCCAAGUACAUUUAAAACAGAUCGAGAGCUAUUCAUCAAAUUAUAUAGCGCUGAUACUAACGUUCUGAAUACUCAGAUAACAUGUAAUGGUACUAUCAACAGAAUGACUCUUAAUUAUAAUUAUGUUGGCGCAAAACUUCAGGUUAUUCAAAUUCGAUUAUCUAAUUAUUACCUAAUCCCAGACUCCUUUCCUCCAUUUGAUAAUUAA